GUGCGUGCUCCUCUCCCGUCAGUUACCCGCUGUGAGAUCGUAAUGAGAUGUCGUCUUGACCCAUCCCGUGUACCCCUGUGAGAACGUUUUUUUUCUGUUUGUGCGUUUUUUGACUUCGGUUAACGGGAUAUUUAAUUUACAUGUAGGGUUUCUAUUGUCCCUCGUUAUGGCUGGGUGAACAGCUUGUGAGGGACUGACAGGCGGCUUUUUUUGUGUGGCAUGUGAUACAGACAAGAGACUGAGGCGUGUUCAUGUUUCACGGAUGUUACCGGGAAAAGAAGAGAAAGGAGAAGGGGGUUUCUUUCAUUUUAUGUUUUCUGUGGAUGUGAGUUUAUCGCCACUCUGGUGCAACAGGACAUGAAGGAGGAGGGCUGCCGGUGGAUUUCUAUGAGGCUCCAGGCUAGCUGUUGAAUGGCAAGCACUCAAAGAACAAGAUGAACAAUGACUCUGGAGCUGAAUAAUUUCGUCUGGAUGCGCUUAUGUGACUUGUUUGUUUUUAAAACGCGCAGACAGUGAACGCAUUUUCCUUUCUGUGUUGGCUUAAAAACACUGAAACGCUAAGGGAGGUUCAAUUCAGGCGCGGCCAGGCAACCCAACAAUGCGGAUUACCUCUUGACUGUUUGCCUUUGUGUCAAUACAGACUGUUUGCAUAAAGUUGAGAUAACACUCAACGGGACAAAUAGCCGGUCCGUCUCCAGUUUUUAGUUUAUUGUCUUUGGAAGGAGAUAAUAGGCUACGUUGACGUGAGGUACAGUUCCCAGAUGUGCACAGGUUGUCUGUGAAAUUACAGUCUGACCGACAACAGCAAGAGGGACAACGAUGGCGAACGACUCCAUUCAAAGUGACUCAGGUGGGCUUACGGUCCUGGAGCAGCUCGGUCUUGACCAGAACUCAGAUUUCUCUGACUCAAGUGUGCAGCAGCUUCUGGACGAGCAGCGUGAAAGGAUCCGCCGUGAAAUUCGUAAAGAGCUGAAAAUCAAGGAGGGAGCCGAGAACCUACGCAGGGCGACAACAGAUAAGAGGAACGCUCAGCAGGUGGACAGCCAGUUGCGGUCUUCUAACCGCAGGCUUGACAAUUUACAUGCUCAGCUGCAAGAACUGGAUGCUCACAUUGUGGUGAAAGGAGGAGAGGAGAAUAAAGAUGAGUGCCCUCAGUCUCCCGGGUCAGAGAGUCGUACGUCAGCCCACAAGGAGCGCAUCGCUGCCCUGGAGAGACAGCUCAACAUCGAGCUUAAAGUCAAACAGGGAGUUGAAAACAUGAUCCCCAUUUACUCCAACGGAUCCACCAAGGAUAAGAAGAUGCUACAGACGGCCCAGCAGAUGCUCCAGGACAGCAAGACCAAAAUUGAUAUCAUCCGCAUGCAAAUCCGCAAGGCUGUGCAGGCCACCGAGCACAAUGAUGACACACAGGGUAACCAGGACGUGUGUGGAGUGGAGCUGCGUAUCGAAGAGCUGAGGCAUCACUACAGGGUGGAACAUGCUGUCGCUGAGGGGGCCAAAAAUGUGCUGAGGCUCCUGGGGGCCAGCAAAGUCCAGGACAAGAAAGCCUUGUCUGAGGCGCAGUCUCGUCUGAGUGAGGCGUCUCAGCGGUUAGACCUGCUGAGGGACUCUUUGGAUCAGCGUCUGGCAGAGCUGCCGGAGGACCAUCCAAAAGCCAGCGUCAUUAAAGAGGAGCUUGUCCUGGCCUCCUCCCCCGCCUUCAGCUCUCGCCAUGGCGCUCCCUACCUCCACAACCAGUACAGCACCCUCAACAAGCCCUCACCCUUAACUGGUACCUUACAGGUGCAGCUGCUGGGCUGUGUGGGCUUGCUGGAGGUGGUCCCAGGUCGCAAUAAAGGGACAGCUGUCAUGCUUCCCUGCCACAGUCCUGGAGACACCAGGUCCUUCAUGAGGGGCAGCAAGGGGCUCUACGGACGGAGUGGUUCGGUCAGCGGGAAGACACCCAGCAAGACAGAUGAGCUCUCCUCUGAGGUGAGUACAGUCUUGAAGCUGGAUAACACAGUGGUGGGACAGACGGCUUGGAGGACUGUGGGAGAACAGGCUUGGGACCAGACCUUCACUGUGGAGCUGGAAAGGUCAAGGGAGAUGGAGAUUGCCGUUUACUGGAAGGACUACCGCUCGUUGUGUGCUCUGAAGUACGUGAAGCUGGAAGAGUUCCUGGACAACCAGAAGCACAGAGUUCAGCUGGAGCUCGAGCCUCAGGGCCUGCUGCUGGCUGAGGUGACCUUCUUCAACCCGGUCAUUGAGAGAGUUCCUCGCCUCCAGAGGCAGAAGAAGGUCUUUUCUAAGCAGCAAGGUAAAGCGUUCCUGCGGGCGCGUCAGAUGAACGUGGAUAUUGGGACGUGGGUGAGGCUUCUUCGAAACGCCAUUCCCACCGUUAACAAUUCAGGAACCUACAGUCCUCACGCACACAGCCUAACGCUCAACUCCGGGGAGGUCUCAGUGGAGAAGUUGAGUCUGGAAAGUGACUCUCCGAUAAGAGGCGAUUACAAGAGAGACACGGACACACACACCCCGGACCGACUGCCGGUCAUCGAGCCCUUCUCCCCCCAAGACCUCACCCCCGAGUGUCCUGUCCGAACCCCGUCUGUUAGCAGUAAGCAGAGGAAAGGUCCUCUGUCUCUCCAGGACUUCAGGCUGAUUGCUGUGUUGGGCAGGGGACACUUUGGGAAGGUGUUACUGUCAGAAUACAAGAAGACGGGCACGAUGUACGCCAUCAAAGCCCUGAAGAAAGGUGAUAUCAUAGCUCGGGAUGAGGUGGAAAGUCUAAUGUGCGAGAAGCGCAUCUUUGAAAUCGUGAACAUGUCACACCAUCCCUUCCUGGUCAACCUGUUUGCGUGCUUCCAGACUCCAGAGCACGUGUGUUUUGUUAUGGAGUACACAGCAGGAGGCGACCUGAUGAUGCACAUCCACACAGACGUCUUCACAGAGCCACGAGCUGUGUUUUAUGCAGCCUGUGUAGUUCUUGGACUUCAGUUCCUCCACGACCAUAAGAUUGUGUACAGAGACCUCAAGCUGGACAACCUGCUGCUAGACACAGAUGGUUAUGUGAAGAUUGCUGACUUUGGACUGUGUAAAGAAGGAAUGGGCUUUGGCGAUCGAACCAGCACAUUCUGUGGUACUCCAGAGUUUUUGGCCCCGGAGGUCCUAACAGAUACGUCCUACACCAGAGCAGUAGACUGGUGGGGGCUGGGGGUUCUCAUCUAUGAAAUGCUGGUGGGAGAGUCUCCAUUUCCAGGGGAUGAUGAAGAGGAGGUGUUUGACAGCAUUGUGAAUGAUGAAGUCCGCUAUCCACGCUUCCUGUCCACUGAGGCUAUUGGCAUCAUGAGAAGGCUGUUGAGGAGGAACCCGGAGAGAAGACUCGGCUCCGGUGAAAAGGAUGCAGAGGAGGUGAAGAAGCAGCCAUUUUUUAGAAACGUGGACUGGGAGGCAUUGCUGCAGAGAAAAGUGCCACCUCCCUUCGUCCCCUCCAUUGGCGGCAAGGAAGACGUCAGCAACUUCGACGAGGAGUUCACCACUGAAGCGCCAACGCUGACACCUCCACGUGAGCCUCGCAUGCUCUCUCGCAAAGACCAGGAGAGCUUCCGGGACUUUGACUACGUCUCUGACCUCUGUUAGUGGGCUGGGUGGCUCACAGACUUCGAGGAAUGUUCUAUUUUGAAGGCUUUGUGACAGAGCGGACCGACAGUCUCUACUGACUGUUCGCUGACUGUUUGUCUGCCAUUAAUUACACUGUGAAUGAAUGUGGAGAUAGACCAGAGGCAGUUGGUCUGUGUUUUGUUGUCUGUAGGAUUUUAAAGAACAAGGACGCAGAACAUAAUAGUUGGGACAGAUAGCUGAGGGGGUAAAAAAAAAAAAACAAACAAACAAACAAAAAAAGCCCCCUCUCUAAUCAUUGUACAAUACACCAGUGACAUGUGUAUCUUUCAAACAUUACCCUUUUAAAUGCCUCCUCCCAUCCUCUUGUGUGUCAGUGUGGUCAACUGUGCAGCUAUGAGAGGAGGUGCUCGCCGUCUUUAUAUUGUCGACUGUUUGGGGAUUGCUUAAAGGCCUCUCAUACCAAUGCCUUACAUUUGUACUUAUAUUUGAUCCACCGACAAGUGUUUUGUUUUUAUUUUGUGUCACUUUGUAUACAGCCAGCAGGAAGAGUGAUCCAAUGUGCUGCAGAAAUACUCUCUAAGUAUUUGCUUGCGAGAGUAGAAAUAGUGAUGUUCAGAGUGUAUUUGUACUCAGAGCUUUCCCAGCAGUCAUACGAUGAUGACCUUCAGUCAUGCUGACUGAUGCUAGGUAAAUUAUGAGUUAAUUAUUGGGUAAAAACCACUAUCUUAAUUUUUUUUCUUUCUUCUUUUUUGGACUUUUACCAACUACUUUAAAAUUCAUACUGCUUGGAUUUUAAUUUCUGCAACAAAUGACAUCAGUUCGUAAAGUCAUUAUGAUGUUAUGCAUUAUUCAAUACCCCCACGUGCUUUGUUUUAAUUGGAUAUUUGGGUAUUGAUAGAGACAAGUGUAGCAGACAGAAUCACAACCACCAGCAUAAAAGCUAUGUGGCAAACCGAUUAUUUCAAUUUUUUUUUUAAAUUGUAAAGAAAAACCUGAACACUAAGACUUGAUGCACAAGUGACAGACUGUCCAUUAUGGGUUUGAGACACAUUCAUCCAGUUAUCUACACGCUACCAGAUUUUGUGAACAUGAAGUAAGUAGUUUCCCUCUGAGACAAGUAUAUCCUUAAACUAAACAAACCCUGGCUGUAACAGUUGUUUUAAUGGCUGUUUCAAGAACUUGAGAAAAAAAAUAUAUAUACACUUGUCCAUUGUGGUCAUUGCAGGGUUUGCUUUCCUUCACAGUGAUAAAAUCAUCUUUGUUUCCACAGAAACUGAUUGAUAUCUUUGUGAUUUUAGAAAAUCUUGGUGGCGCCACAAGCACAACAAACCCCAGUAGAACUUGUUGCAGUGAGUGCUGCCUUAUAUCCCAGCCAACGAGUUCUCUUUGAGAUACAUUUCUAAAUCAAAAAAUAUCAUUUGGAUGAACCAGAACGAUGGAAAAUAUGAGCCUGUGCUUUGAACUUGUAUAACACCUGAGCUUUGCUGAGUACAGAAGAGGUUUGUUGUGAAGUUUUACGUGUGAUGGUGUGGAUUUUACUUACCUUGUGUAAGAUGAUACAAAACCAUGUGAUAAUAUGAGAUGACUUAUUUUAUAAAGAAAACCUGGAGUGAA